UUACAAAGCCCAUUUAGGAAUUUGAAAUAAUCUAAAGCCCAAGAAGAGGAGGGUAGAAGAAGAGGAAGCUUAAUCUCUCUCUCUCUCUCUCGCUCUCGCUCCGAAGCUGUUCUUGGCGGCGAUGUCGGGAACUUUCAGUUUGAACUCUAACUACGUCCCUGGUUACACACUCUCAGUUUCAGUUUCAGACAGCAGAUGCUUUUAUAACCCUGCUGUUUAUAGAAGAACACCUGCUACAUUACCUUUUUCUUCUUGUCUCGAUCACAAACGUAAUGGAUCUCUGAAGUGUUCCCCAGAUAGUAGUUCUUUUGUUUGUCAAGCGAGUUCUGGUGGCUACAGGAGAAACCCUGAUUUCUCAAGGCUUAAUAAGCAUGGAAGAAACAGGCAAAGCGUAGAUGGAGACGGUUUUGAUGGUGAUAACUCUGAUAUGUUGUCUUCAAGAAACGGGUCUUUGCUCUCUCUGUCUAACUCCCCCAAGUUCCAAGCUACUUCAUCCCCUGGGCCUAGAGAGAAAGAGAUAGUGGAGCUUUUCCGAAAAGUUCAAGCUCAGCUCCGAGCUCGAGCAGCCACCAAGAUGGAAGAUAAAAAGGCACAAGAAGAAGAAGAAGAAGCUUCUAAAGGACGGGGUAAAGAAAGUGAAACUGUUGACUCUCUUCUUAAGUUACUAAGAAAGCACUCGGGAGAGCAGAGCAAGAAAGUUAACAAUUUUAACAGCCAUGGAGACAAUUCGGUACAAGGAGAUCAUGUGGACAGGAGGCAAGAUCGCAGCGGAGGAGGAAACCUUGUCAAGUCAUGGACCAAAGAUCAUAAUGCAUCAUCAUCCUUUACCAGGACAGCGUCAAGCUUCAGAAGAAAGUCGCCAGUACCAAGAUUUGAAUCGCCUCCUCCGACUUAUUCUAAUGAGGCAACUUUUGAUGAGGCGUCGAGUUACAGCGUGACUUGGACCCAUAAGAAGGAUACAGCAGAGCCGCGUGAUGAACCUGAAGACGAACCUGAGCCUGUGACAGCUAUUCUCGAACCAGAAUCUGAGCUGCAGCUAGACGCAUCAUCAUUUUAUCAAGAGGAGGAUGGUAAUGUUACUUUAGAUGCGUUAUCAGAUGAUGAGGAGGAGGAGUCUCUGGAUGAUGCUGAUGAAGAAGAGGAAGAACCUGUUAAAGACUUGAGUACAUUGAAGUUGAUGGAACUGAGAGGCAUAGCGAAAUCAAGGGGACUAAAAGGGUUUUCAAAGAUGAAGAAAGCCCAACUCGUGGAGUUGCUUAGUAGUGAUUCCAUCUGAUUCGACGGUGAAAGAGACUCAACAAAUAAUAUGAACAUUUACUAUCGUUAGUGACAAUGUUGAAAUGAGUUAAUUUCUGUGUUCUUUUUUUUUUUACCUGAAAAUACUGGCCGUGAUCAUGUUGUUUUGUUUACUCAGAUUUUAAUCUUUGGUUUUUGAAGAUC